GCCUUGCCAACCAAUCAGCCAUUGGCUUCAGCCUACAUCAAAUUAUUUGGACAAGAAGUGGCUUUUGUCAAUGUUGACAAGACAGUCAUUGAAGAAGCAAUACCGAUUGUGACUGGACCUAAACCACGUGAACUGUUAAAGGCGGCACUUAAAGCAUUGCAGGAAGGAAUUGCCUUGCAGUAUGCCAAACCCCUGCUCAUGGCUGAAGUGCGCAGAAUCUUGCCAACCGCAAUUGGUGUGCCCAUGGAGCUCAGUUUGUACACUGCUGCUGUUGCUGUUGCAAGUGUCAAUGGUAUGCUGCUGGGCUACCAGCUUGCUGCUUACUUUGACAAGCCAAAUGCAAGAGUGCAGCUAGUCGUUUCCUCCAUUGCUGAAAAUGAUAACCUGAAGAUCUGUGCUGACGGUGCCGUGUUGAGCAAGCACAAAGUCACCGCCAGGGUUGCUUGGGGUCCAGAGUGCCAACAGUAUGCAGUCAUUGCUAAAGCUGAGGCUGGUGUACUGGGCGAAUUCCCUGCUGCACGUCUAGAGGUGGAAUGGGAGAGGCUGCCAAUAAUUGUCACCACCUACGCCAAAAAGCUGUCUAAGCACAUCCCUACGGCGGCUCUCCAGGCAGGCUUCAGAAUUGAAAGAGUAAUGAACAGUGAGAAAAAGAUCGAACUGACUGCGGCCUUGCCAUCUCAAAGGUCCCUGAAUGUCAUUGCUAGGAUUCCAGAG